ACUUCCGGUUUGUGUGUAUGGAGGGCGGAACAAGCUGGCCGACGGAGGGAACAAAGGACGAUUGAGUUAACAAAUAUGAAAAUAGCCUCCUCUACUUAGCCCCGUCUGCAGCCACGAUGUCAAAGCGACCAUCCUACGCCCCUCCCCCUCCCCCUGCCCCCACCACACAAUUGCCUACCGCCCCAGGGUUUGUGGGAUACAACCCUUACAGCCAUCUGGCCUACAACAACCUCCGGCUGGGAGGGAGCUCCGGAGGCUCCAGCAGGACCUCCUCUGGGAUCACCGUCCCAAAGCCCCCAAAACCUCCAGACAAGCCCCUGAUGCCUUACAUGCGGUACAGCCGGAAGGUAAGCAGGAAGGUAUGGGACCAAGUGAAGGCCUCCAACCCAGACCUGAAGCUGUGGGAGAUUGGAAAGAUUAUCGGAGGGAUGUGGAGAGACCUGACGGAUGAGGAGAAGCAGGACUACCUGAACGAGUACGAAGCUGAGAAGAUUGAGUAUAACGAGUCUUUGAAGGCCUACCACAACUCGCCGGUGUACCUGGCCUACGUCAACGCUAAGAACCGGGCUGAGGCCGCGAUGGAGGAGGAGAGCCGGCAGAGGCAGACUCGUAUGGAUAAAGGAGAGCCGUACAUGAGCAUCCAGCCAGCUGAAGACCCUGAUGACUACGAUGAUGGUUUUUCGGUGAAGCACACGGCAGCCGCUCGCUUCCAGAGGAACCACCGGCUCAUCAGCGACAUCCUCAGUGAGAUCGUUGUCCCCGACGUCCGUUCCGUGGUCACCACCGCCCGCAUGCAGGUCCUGAAGAGGCAGGUCCAGUCUCUCAUGGUGCACCAGAGGAAGCUGGAGGCAGAACUUCUGCAGAUCGAGGAUCGCCACCAAGACAAGAAGAGACGCUUCCUGGAGACCACCGACUCAUUCAACACUGAACUCAAGAGGCUGUGCGGUCAGAAGGUGGAGGUGGACAUGGAGAAGCUGGCAGCAGAGAUGGCUGCUGCUGAGGAAGCGGCCAGGCGCCGGGCGGAGGAGAGGGAGCGGGAGGCGGCGGAGCAGGCGGAGAAAGCUGCUCAGCAGGCGCAGCAGCAGCAGCAGCAGCAACAGGAGGAGGAGGCUGCCGGGAACAAAGCAGCAGAGCAGAGCAGCGAUAAUGCGAGCAGCACAGCUAAUACAACCUCAGGGACAAAGGAGGAGGACAAGCCCACACCCAUGGAGACAGAUGAAGCAGUGCCCUCCGAGCCCUCCUCCGAGCCCUCCUCCGAGCCCCAGGCUGCUCCACCUCCCCCGUCUGACCCCCCCUUUGAUAAAGCCUCGCCUCACCCUGAGCCCCCCAGGGAGAGCAGCAGUCCUGUGAGCAGUGACGACAGCAACAGCAGCAGCAUGCCCCCCCCCCCCUCAGACGGCGCCCCCGGAGCAGCAGCCCCUGAUCCCCCUGCGGCUCCGGAAGCAUCUAACCCCAUCGCGGGGGCUCCUCCACCUCCUCGCCCCGCCUCUGAGGAGGCAACCCCUCCACCACCAACACCUAUACCUCCCCCCAGCCAGGGCAGCCAGCAGUAUGACGUGUAGCAGUCUGUAAGACACACAGUGGGAACUAUAGGACCCCCUUGCGUGUAUGGUGCGUCCAUCUUCACACAUCCUGUGAAUGAGGGUCUGAUGGUGUGGUUAAUAAACAGUUAGCAUGCCUUUCAUGCUCCAGCCUCGUGAAGGGGGGGGGGGGAAACCCUGUGAAUCUUUCAACAUUAAUCCUCACACACAGAUUCUCACAUCUAAGAGGGGCUAUUUUUCUUGGUAAUUUGAGGGAAAUAUCAAAAAUCAGCUCGCUAAAUCUCUUCAUUGAAUCACUGUGCUACAGCGGCCACGUGUUUCAGAAUACUUCCUCCUCUCUGACACCAGGAGGAAGUCAUGUUGUUCAUCUGUAGUUCAAAUGUGAAGCUCCCACUGUGUAGACUGUACUGUUGGCUGUGGCUGAAACACUUCUCUCUAUAGUCUAGUUGACCGCUCCCUAUUGUGAACCCGGAAAUGUUAAGUACCCCACAGUCUUUAUGAUAACUAACUGCUAACUUGCAUAUAUUGGGCAAUUUGCACAAUUAGCAUGAGUUGCAUACAUUUCCAUGCAGACAAUCGGUUAGAAAAUGGCUUGCCCAUUCCGGACAUUUUCAUGAUCAACAAAGGCAGUUUUAACCAGAAAAUGGCAAUUUACUCUCUGUAGACUUUGAUUACAUUUGGGUUGUUUUUGAAGAUCUAUGGGACUCUGGAUCAUUUGGAUUGGGCAGGUUGCUUAUUUAUUUGAAAGAUAAUUGUCCCCAGUAGAGGUUAUCGUUCUCUUCUUGUGCUCUCUAUUUCCACUGGUCGCAGCACUUCUCAUGGUAGUCAAGAUCAGCCCAUCGGUGCACAAAUAUGACAGAAAUGGUAUCCUCAAUCACCCCCAAAACCACUCGGGGAAUCGGCAGAGCCAUUUUUGUACUAUUUUCCACAUAGGCUAUAAUGCAAUUGAAUGAAACUGAUGCUAAAUGUGCAAGUUGUCCAACAUAUGCGAGUUAGCAUCUGGCAGUUUCUAUGUUCUGGGGACCCGUGCUAUUCAUUUCUAACAUAAAGCUUUGGGGUACCCAACAUUCCCCGGGUUCACACUGCUGACAGGAAGACAGAUAUGGCUCAGUGUUGAUGUAUAAACCUUUACAUCAGCUUCAAUCUGCUGCAGCGGUGGAGGGGUUCAUCACUCUGUUCAGAGUCUGAAUCCCAGCGUAUGAUAAAGGACCCCCCCCCCCAGAUAAAAACCUCAGACUUUUCUAGUUCCUCAGUUUGUGUGAUUUCUACUGCUGUUACCUCUUCUUUGUUUUUAGAGAUCUAGUGGAUCCUUUUAGAAUGUUAUUCUCAAAUGAAGCCUUCGUGAUGAAUCCAACGCUAUCUGGAACAUGUCACAGUUUGACUGGUACGGAUUUCAAUUGUUGCGCCACACUUUUUCUGCAUGGUUUACUCAAUCCUGCAUAAAAACCAUUCAGGCCGAGGAAAGCAGUUUUUAAAAUGUGGGAAAAAGAUCAUGAUGUGUGUAAGACAUGAAAUGUCAUACACGUCUCCAAGCUGCUCUUUGACACCUGGGUGAUAAAGUGACUUGAGUAUAAACAGUUGACAUGGAUGCUACUUCCGCUGUAUUCAUCACAUGGACUCUGUAAGAUCUGUUUUAAAUGGAGAUGCUGUGGUCACACUGUUCCUGCUGUAGAUGCAUUUGAACACCACAGAGAUGCGACCUGUGCGUUUAAAGGACUGUUUCUUACUCCAAUUGGACCGUUUUUAGAAUAUGCCUGUUUUUGGAUCUUUCUUUUUUACUGUCAGGACUUAUCUCUCCAAAUAAAGAUGAUUUCUCAGUC